AUGGUCUACUACUUCACAAGCAAUGUGACGUCCCCGUCGGCGUACAUCUACAUGGGCAAGGACAAGGUCGAAAACGAGGACUUGAUCGCAUACGGCUUCGAAGAGGAUGUCUGGUUCCACGUCGACAACCUUUCCAGUGCUCACGUCUACGUCCGUCUCCCUGAUGGAGAGUCAUGGGAGGACAUUCCCAAGCUGCUCUUGGAAGACUGCGCUCAGUUGACAAAAGCAAACUCGAUCGAGGGCAACAAGAAGGACAACAUCACAAUCAUCUACACCCCGUGGUCAAACCUGAAGAAAGAUGGCAGCAUGGCCACUGGCCAGGUCGGCUUCAAGGAUCAAAAGAAGGUCAAGCGCGUCUAUGUCGCCAAACGCGAGAACCCCAUCGUCAACCGCCUGAACAAGACAAAGGUCGAAAAGUUCCCAGACUUUAGACAAGAGAAGGAAGACAGGGCUAAGGAGCUACGAAAGAAGGAUCGUUCGGUCAUUGCUGAAAGAGCAAAGGAAGAAGCUCGUAUUGCACGAGAGAGGAAAGAGUUGGCAUACCAGAGGGACCACGCCUACGACGACUGGAAUCAGGAGGAGCAGGUCAUGGCCUCCAGUAACCAGAACCGCGAUUCGGACUGGGAGGACGAUUUCAUGUGA